AUGCUGCCAAGGAUCUGUGUAAAGUUUAAGCUCAAGUAUGUCCUGGCGACGGUGCUCGGUCUGUACACUCUACAGUUCUUCGGUGCCUUUACACACUUCUUCGAGCAAGAUUUUGAGUCGACGUUCGAUUACCCGCUGAACGGUGACAUCCUGUCCGAUGUGUACCAGCUGCGCCAUGGGCAGCAACCCGCCCGGCAACCCAUCAACCGCUACAACUAUUCCUACAUCACGGACUGUGAGCACAAGUGCAAAGAGGACGAUCGGCUGAUUGCACCCCGGUUGGUGUUCGUUAUCAAAUCCGCCAUAGAACACUUUGAUCGACGGGCGACAAUACGCAAAACCUGGGGCUACGAACGACGCUUCUCGGACGUGAAAAUACGCACCGUGUUUGUGUUGGGCCGUUCGCGUAUCUUCCCGAACCGACGCUUGCAGUCGCUGGUGGAUCUCGAGUACAGCACGUACCGGGACAUCAUACAGGCGGACUUUGUGGAUGAUUACUUUAACAACACGAUCAAAACGAUGAUGGGUUUCCGAUGGGCGGUGAAUUACUGUCCACGGGCCAAGUUUUACAUGUUUGCGGAUGAUGAUUUUUACCUGUCGGCUAAGAAUCUGCUGCGAUACGUACGGAACCCGGUCAACUAUCCGGAGUAUCUGGAAGAAACGGACGAAGCAUUGCGGAAGCUGGCACGCCGGCUAGCACACACGACGGACAAUAAUGGAGAGAAUCGUACGGGUGUACAUGAAAGCGGGAAAGACACGAACCUUACCCGUACCAAACGACAGCUAAUGACGGAGAUGGAACUGCCACCUAAUGUGAAGCUCUUUUCCGGAUUCGUGUUUCGAUCGGCACCACACCGUCAUCGGAGCAGCAAAUGGUACGUUUCACUCGAAGAAUAUCCGUGGGAUAUGUGGCCAACGUACGUUACUGCCGGAGCCUUCCUAUUAUCUCACGAGGCACUUUUCGAGAUGUAUUACGUCAGCAUGUACACGAAACAUUUUCGUUUCGACGAUAUCUUUUUAGGAAUUGUUGCAAUGAAGGCAGGAAUUGAACCGCUCCAUUCGGAGGAAUUUUACUUCCAUAAGGCACCCUAUCUGGGCCCGCAGAGCUACAAGUAUGUGCUGGCAACGCACGGGUACGAUGAACCGGCUGAACUGACCAAAGUGUGGAACGAAAUACGAGCUUCCGGUUAUGCGUAG